GGACGCGCUGCGUGAUGACAUCAUCGGGCCAGUUCGUCUCCGAAUGUUUACCUUAUUCCCCCUUCCGGGAGACGUCCCGCCUCUACGCAGGCGCAGUUCGGCGGCGUCACUGCCGCUUUGCGCGGGAGUUUCGGAGGUGGAGGCGUCGGUGAAAUGUCCCAGCCUGUGGAGUCGGAGCUCGGGGACUGCAGGCGCGGAAACCCCAGCCUGGACCGACGGAUUCCCGAAGGUUCUCCACCCAGGUCGACUUCAUUGAAUGAUACUAAGGCAGCAAGAGUGCCUAAAGAGGAAGUAGUGGUGCCCAAGACUCAAGAUCAUCAAUUAACAUCCAGCCAUGCCUCUCUGGAAAUCUGUGCUGCAUCUUCGGCCUUCCCAAACACUACCAAAGAUGUCUCAAGAAAAAGAAAGAAUUCUGAGGACAGCCUUGAAACAGGAAAAACUCAAGAUCUCAGCCCCACGUACAUGCCCCCACAAGAAUAUGACAGCAAUCAGAAAACCAAGCGUCAGUCUUGGCGUAGAGCUAGUAUGAAAGAAACAAACCGUCGGAAGUCACUGCCUCCCUUUCAUCGGGGUAUCACAGAGCUCAGCAGAUCUAUCAGCAUAGACUUGGCUGAAAGCAAACGCCUUGGCUGCCUCCUACUCUCCAGUUUUCAGUUCUCUGCACAGAAACUUGAACCUUUUCUGAGAGACGUUGAUAGCAUCAGUCUCGAUACUUUUAAAGCCAAAGUAUCUUCAAUUUCUGAAGAAUUCAAGCAUUUUACAAACAAACUUGAAGAUGAUGGGACCUUAAAGAAAUGCUCUGAUGAAUCAAAAGGGCAGUCAACGGAUACUGCCUUGGAAGCAUCAAUGACAGAGAUAAAAGAAUAUAUAGCCAGGCUGUCUUUGGAGUGUGCGAAUUGGGAUCAACUAUUGCUGCGGCACCAGAAAGAAGCUGAAGAGAUAUCCAGGACAUUAGAAGAAGCCAAAAUUACCAAUAUAGAACUGGACCCUGCUCUGUAUCUUCAGUCUUCACAAAGUGAAAUCCUUAGCACGAAGCCUGACUACCAGAAAAUAUUAGACAACCAGAAUGAGGUUUUUAACUGCAUGGAUAUUGUGAUAGAUGAGCUACAAGGAUCGAUAAGGCUAUUGCAUUCUUUUAUUGAAGACACUACCGAAUUCUUCAAGAAGAUGUCUGUGCAACUUGGAGAAAGGACUGCCCAGCAUUUGGAAGCCUCACCAAUUCGAAAACUGCUCAAACUUCAACUAGAAAAACCAUCUCUCAGCUAAUGAUCGCAGUCUACAUCCAUUUCCUCCAGAUUGUCAUUCAGAUGGUUGCAUAUUGGAGAAGUUGCUGCCUUUUAUGAGUAUGACUAUAAAUUAAUGUGACACUUUAAAAACAGGCAUCAGCACUUAACUACUCUGAAUAUUCAUUUAUAACUUUAUCUCCAGAGUCUUUACAGAGAAUCCAGUGAUGGAUGCCAUUCUUGAAGACAUUUUUGGAAUUUGGAUUUGGAAGUAAUGACACAUUUUAAAACAUAUAUACAUACAUACAUACAUACAUACAUACAUACAUACAUACAUACAUAUAUAUAUGUAUGUAUGUAUGUAUAUAUCCUCGGUGGCCCCAAGUUUUUAUUCAUAUAGGGCAGAGUGUUCAUUUUUACCCUUGAAAUGGUCAAGGUUUAAUGUCUAGCGAAUAAAGUCGGUCAUGCCUUAUGUAAGGUCAGUAAACUUUAUGAGGGUUAAAAAAAUGAAGGACGAUUAUAAUGAUAUAGAUUUUCUUAUAUGGCUCCAUAGGGAGCUCUAAAAAUGUUUGGAUUAAUGGCAUCACCCAAGUAGACCUGCGGCCUCCUGAGGAAAUGACUUUGAAAGAUGUACAUAUAUAUAAUUUACUUUAAAAUGGUCUCAUUACAUUAGUCACUAUGUACGUAUCUCUCCAUUCCUUGUUUGUCUUAAUAUUUAUGUUCACUACCCAGUCCCAACUACCCCCCCCCCAAGUACUUGGUUUUAUUUUCUAAAACAAUGUACAAUAAAGAGCUGCCUGUGAUUUG